AUGGCGUCAACUCCGCAAGGCGAGGCGCAGAGGCAGCCUCGGUAUCGAAGGACUCGAUUUGUGUGUGUCUCAGACACCCACAACCAGACGGUCAAGCUACCCAAGGGUGAUGUCCUCAUCCACGCUGGGGAUCUGACAAACCAGGGCAGCUUCUCCGAGCUUUCGAAAACUGUACAAUGGUUGGAGAAGGCGGAUUUCGAGGCCAAGAUUGUCAUUGCUGGGAAUCACGACGUCACUCUCGACAAGGCCUUUUACGCCGAGUAUGGCUCGUACUUCCACAACCAGUCGCCUCAGUCACCAGAUUCUUGCCUAGACCUGCUUACCUCGAGCCCGUCGAUCACCUACUUGGACCACAGCUCUGCCACCGUCGUUCUGGAUAAGAACCCUUCCCUGAGAACCUCCUUCACUGUGUUUGGGUCACCGUACAGCCCGAAGGAUGGCAUGUGGGCGUUUGGAUACGACCGGGCCAACGCAGAGUCUUCGACCCCAAUUAACUCCAAACCUUCAGAUGAGGCUCCCUCCCUAUCUUUGCCAAAGUCUGGGGAUCUGUGGUCUUCCAUCCCUUUGGACACCGACAUCGUCGUCACGCACACCCCACCAUACACCCACUGCGACGAAGCCAUCUCCAAAAGACGCGCCCUGGGCUGCGACGACCUGCGCCGAGCUCUGUGGCGGGUUCGACCAAAGCUCGCGGUGUGCGGCCACGUUCAUGAAGGCCGCGGGGCAGAGCGCGUCAGGUGGGACAUCCAGGGUGCGUCCGGGGCGCCGUACACAGAGCUGGGAGUCGAGCGGUGGGAAGACCCAGGUGCCGGGCCCACAAGCAACAAGAUGUCGCUGGUUGAUCUAACCUCACGUGGAGGGAGACGCCCACUGGACAACGACGGCUCAAUCGUGGGGCAGGGGCGGUGUCCCGAGAGCCAAGGCCAGGGCGGCGCCUGUGAGCAAUUCGAUGAUGCGACAGCUACGGCCCUCCCAGGCUUCGGCACACGCGGCGUCGGCGGGAACCCAGACUUGUCGGUGAGGUGCGACAGGGAGGCCUUGUGUGGCCGUAUGGGCCGGAGGGAAACGUGUGUCAUCAACUGUGCGAUCGCGGCGACGAAUUGGCCUCAUAGCGGGGGCAAGAGGUUCAAUAAGCCCAUCGUCGUUGACCUAGACUUGCCGACUCUGGAGACGGACUGA